AUGCAUAAUAAGCGAGCGUUCGCCCGUGCAAUAUACUGUACUUUCUGCUCUCCUUCACAUUAUUCCCGAUUUCAUGUGUACAAAGUGAGAGACCUUAUGCAUUUACUCUCCAUAACUGAUAGAUCAGCUCUGAAUUGA